AAUAAAAUGUGAUUAUUUUUUUAUCAAACUCGAGGUGAGAGCGACGACAGCAGCUACAUGGACACCAAUGAUAUUGUCUCUCGCACCAAAUUCCCUGAAAGCUGGCUGUGGUCCGAUGUCAAAUUGCCAGCAUGUCCUCCAGACAAGCCUAACUGCGAAACAACCUCCUUCGUAAAGAAAAUGGCUCUGCAGGAUACGAUCACAACAUGGCGGUUCACAGGGAUUGGUCUGUCCAAAACUGGUGGCCUCUGUGUGGCCGACCCUUUGGACAUUGUUGUUCGAAAGGAUUUCUUCAUUGAUCUCAAACUGCCCUAUUCAAGUGUUCGAGGAGAGCAGAUAGAAAUUAAAGCCAUUCUGCACAACCAAAGUCCUGAUAUUGCCACUGUACGUGUGGAUCUACUUGAGGCAGAACAUGUGUGCAGCGCAGCUUCAAGGCGUGGGAAAUAUCAGCAGGAGGUCAAAGUUGGGGCCUCGAGUACACAAUCAGUUCCCUUUGUUAUUAUUCCGAUGAGAGAAGGAGAUUUCAACAUCGAGGUCAAAGCGGCUGUCAAGGAUACCAUGCUCAGAGAUGGAAUUACAAAAAAGCUGCGGGUUGUGCCGGAAGGCUUCCUAGUAAAAGCACCUCAAACUAUAAACCUGGAUCCCGAAAACGAAGGAAAAGAUGGUAAACAAGUGCAGCUCCUCCGCAGUAACAUUCCUCUGAUUGACAUCAUACCGAACUCAACUACCAGCACACAAAUAGCAAUUACAGGAAAAAAGCCUAAAGAAGAGCUGAAGAACGCCGUCACUGGAGAGUCGAUGAGCGGCCUGCUCUACCAACCUUCUGGUUGUGGAGAGGAAAACAUGAUCCACUUGACAAUGCCCGUCAUUGCAAUCACGUAUUUGGACAUGACCUACCAGUGGGAAGCCGUGGGGGUCGAGAGACGGGAUGAAGCCCUGCAACACGUCAUAACCGGUUACCGUAAUCAGCUAAGCUACCGUAAAAGAGACGGAUCCUUUGCUGCAUAUCCUGAUCAUGACAGCAGCACAUGGCUGACGGCGUAUGUUGUCAAGGUUUUCUCCCUGGCCCACAGACUGGUGGCCGUUCAAAGCAAAGUCAUCUGUGACGCCGUCAACUUUUUGAUUCACAACGCACAGCAGCCUGACGGGAUGUUCAGAGAAGUUGGAAGAAUGUCCCACGUAGAGAUGACAGGUGACGUCGGCGGCGUAGAUUCGGACGUCUCCCUGACAGCCUUUUGCCUCAUUGCCAUGCAGGAGUCAAGCGGGUUAUGUAGUGCCAGUGUUAAUAGUUUACAAGACAGCAUAAACAAAGCAGUGAGCUACCUCCAAAAACGCCUGCUGACCUUAAUCAAUCCCUAUGCCGUUGCCAUGGCGUCGUAUGCCCUGGCCAAUGAAAACAAGCUGAACCUGGAGAUCCUGCACAGUUUCUCCUCUCCAGAUCAGUCCCACUGGCCGGUACCAGUGGGUCGUGUUUACACAGUGGAAGCCACAGCAUACGCUCUCCUGGCUCUGGUCAGAUUCAAGGCAUUUAAAGAAGCCUGGCCAGUUGCAAGGUGGUUUAACAAACAGCUAAGAGAAAAUGGAGGCUUUGGAUCAACUCAGGCCACUGUGAUGGCGUACCAGGCCGUGGCAGAGUUCUGGACUGGUGAACAAGAUCCAGACUAUUAUCUAAAUGUGGACAUCUUGUUGCCGGGCAGAUCAAAGCCUGUGAAAUACAACUUCAACAGGAAGAACUACUUUGCCACAAGAACAUCUAAAAUGAAUAAUAUAAACCAAGACGUGACUGUCGUUGCUACAGGCCCAGGAGAAGCCACAGUGACGAUGGUGUCGUUAUUUUAUGCUUUACCCAAUGAAAAAUAUAGUGAUUGUCAGAAGUUCAAUAUGACAGUAGAACUCCUCCCAGAGACAUCAGAUGAACGUGAGAAGAUAUACAAGAUAAGAAUAGAGCUUUUAUAUAAGAACCAACAUCGAGAUGCCGCCAUGACAGUUUUGGAUAUCGGUUUGCUAACCGGCUUCACUGUUAACACCAAAGACCUAAACCUUUUAUCUAAAGGUCGAGCCCGCACUAUCUCAAAGUACAAGGAGAUUAUCAGUGACUCAGA